GGAAACCCAAGAGGAAAUGACUGAGCCCGUCUCGGUCCCCGCCCGCCAGCGCUCCCCUGGCCACACCCUCCGCCUGGACUCAGCCACUGCAGCUGCCCUCUCCGCACGAGGCUGCCGGCGGCUCGGGACCACCAGCUCUGACGUGAGUCUCUCCUCCGAUCUUCCUCCGUCCGCUCCCCUCUGCCCAGGGGCCGGGCUCAGCUGACUCCUCUGCUCUGAGGACUGCCCCGGAGGGAGGGACCGAGGUCCUCAGAUCUCCUCCGGUGCCCCAGAUCCCUCCCCUCGCCCUGCACGAGGGAAAGAGGGAGUGACUGCUGGCGAUCCCCACUUCUGAGACCCUCCCCCUGGCCCUCCUUCCCGCAGCCAAAGACCCUGGCAGGGGUCUCUGAAGCCAGAGGUGCCUGCUCAGGAUGUCGCCCUUUGGUCGCCUGUGUCUUCUGGUCUUCGUUGGCCUGAUUCUCCCCGCCAGAGCUCCAGCUCUACUCUGUGAUGCUGUUGUCAUGACCAUUUUACAGAUGAGGAAACUGAGGCCCAGUGAAGGAAAGUGCCCUGUGCCAGAGGCUAGACAGACAUUGGAGGAGGCCACCUCCGUUACUCUAGCAGACCCAGUCACUGAGAACGUUCAUGCCCUGACUCCAGCCCCAGACACCGUCCAACCAGAACUCCAGCCCACUCCUCAGACUUCAACCCUGCAGGCUGAAGCAACCCCGAACCAGAUGGAGAUCCACACCCAGCAACCGACGGAAAUGGAUGUGCUUCUAACACCAGGUCCGGGGACAGACAAGAGCAGCACGCAAGGCCCCACGCCCCCCAAGACUCAACUCCCACGCAAAAACGCCAGGACGGACCCCGCCCUCAGGCAGACUGGUUCAAGCGAGGACGACCCCUUCUCCUAUGAUGAGGGCACCCUCCGGAAACGGGGCCUGCUGGUGGCAGCCGUGCUGUUCAUCACCGGCAUCGUCAUCCUCACCAGUGGCAAGUGUAGGCAGUUGCCCCGGUUAUGCCGGAGUCAUGACAGAUGAGUCCGUUGGAAGUGGGGGCUGAUGACGCGAUGGGCACCCCGAGACUGAGCCCCCGCCGGCUCACCGUGCCUGGCCUCCUCCCUCCCCUCGAAGGACCUACAGACUAGUCAACAAAGCCCAGCCUGAGAGGUAGGACGUGGAUGGAGCCAGAGCCGGAACUGGUGGCCUGAGCCCCCUACUCUCCCAGCCCUGCCCUCCCUGAAGGCUGACUGGCUCCCCAUUUAUCCAUUCUGUUCCGACAAGAAGUAAAGCACUGUGGUCUUUGCGCCAUGGUCUCUGAUCAUUCCUGACCGGGGAGUGGAAGAAAGCAGCAGUGGCUGGGGCAGGGACCCCAGGAGUAAAGUGAGGGAGUCACGAACUCCAAAGCCAAGCUGGGGGCCGCAGUGAACGAAGCCAGCCUGGGUGAGGUGGGAAGGAUGCGGGCAGGGGCGGGCCACAGGGGAAUCUGGCCAAUGGGAGGGUCAGUGUUGGAUUCCACCCAUGGCAGAUCGAGACCCCUGGCCUGGUCCUUGUGCAGAGCCUGGUGUCCAAAGCCAGCUCACCCCUGACACUGAGAGGCAACCCUGCUAACCGGGCAAACACAGAGGGAGGGCCCAGGCCCACGGUGACCCUCUUUUUUCCCACUCUGGGUCCCUCAGCAUAUGAGUGUGGACACCCCACCCUGCACAUCCAAGGUCCAUCCACACCCCUGGUUGCCUCUUGGUCUUAGGGCUGUGCCCACAAAGAAAGCCACGCAGGCCCUGGAGUGGGCUCAGAGUAGCCUGGGUGGGGAAUUCCAGGGUGCUGGGGGCCCAGAGCAUGGCUGAGAAGGGGCACAGGCUCCUGAAAGCCCUUAGGUUCUGCAGCCCGUGGGGAGGGACUCAACCAGAUGAGGUGGGAGCAGGCCCUCUGAAGUGCAGGGCCUGGGGUGGGGACCUCCGCUCAGGGUCAAGGGUCGUCAUGCGGAAGCCAAGAGACAAGGUCCUGUUCAAGGCGGUUGCAUAACAGUGUUUCACAAACUUCAGGUCAUAGCCUGUUCCCGGGGUUACAAAAUCAAUCUAGUGGGCUGUGAAUAGCAUUAAAGAAAAAAAAGAAAAAGAAGUAAUAAAACAGAAAAUAAAAUAUCAGAAUAUAUCACAAAUAAUAUGACAUUGUAGAUAGAUUCUUUUCUCAAUUUUUGCCCCAUUUUUAUCCCACCUGUAUUAUUAUUCAUUUUUUAAGAGAAGAACACCCUUUUUAACUUAAAUAAAUAUAUUUAAAAAGGCAUAGUGAGGGGGCCUUCCCUGGUGGCCCAGUGGUUAAAACUCCACACUUCCACUGCAGGGGGCACAGGUUAGAUCCCUGGCCUAGAGAACUAAGAUCCUGCAUGCUGCAUGGCGUGGCCAAAAUAACCCCCCCCAAAAAAGGCACAAUGAUAUAUGGAAAACCAAUACUGCUUCAUAUAAAUAGAAGAUAGCCAAAAAGAUAAAUUCAAUGAAACAAAUACAUAUAUUUUAUGCAAUAUAUUGUAUAUGUGACAUAUAUUAUGUAUA